AUGGGGGAAAAGGUGAUUAAAACCGAGAUGCUUACAUCAACAACCAAGAGGGAUCCAAUUCUGCUACCACGGAUCAUACUGUCACCACCAGAAUCCAACCAUCCAUUCACCUUGAAGCGGCACCAGUUCCCGAUUCGGGUAUGUUAUGCAAUGACAAUAAAUAAAAGUCAAGGACAGACUUUGUCAAACGUCUCCCUAUACUUGCCAAAACCAGUAUUCAGUCAUGGUCAGCUAUACGUCGCACUGUCAAGAGUAACAACCCCCAAAGGCCUCAAGAUUUUAGACAUGAAUAUGAAUGGAGAGGGGAGUAAAACAGUGGCAAAUAUCGUUUAUAGAGAGGCUUACAAUGGUCUCCCAACAUCAACAGAUUAUGACGACGAGGAAGAAUCCGAGGAGCAUUGACAAUGGAAUGAUGCGGACACGGCCUACACUGAUGUAAGUUAACUCCUCUUCAAUGACGCCCUAGAACAAUCAUCCUCCUCCAAACUCACAAAGCAUAACUCUAAUCAGGCCACGAAUCGCAGAGACGUGAAGCUUUGCCGACGUCGGAGAAAACAAAGAAACGACUUUACCAGUAUCAAAACAAAUUUUAGAGUCAAGGCCCACCACAAUUGAGCCAAACAUUUAAAACCCUCUACUACUUUUUAAUUGUUUUCAAACAUUCAGACAAAACAGUUUAAUUUUAUGAUUUUCUAGGUCGAAUA